AUGAACCCGUUUGAGGAAAAUGAAAUUGAUAUCAGAGAAAUCCUCAAAAUCCACCGGAAUGAAAAAUCGACAAAUGAAGCUCAAACGCGAGAAAUGUGCGGAAUUUUGAUUCAAACCAUUUCUGAAGCUGAAAAUUCGGGAGGAAUGGAAAAAGUGGCGAAAUAUUUUACUUUGGCGCUUUUGAAAGAUGUUCUCAAAUUUGUCAACGACGCUAGAAAUUCGGAAAAGGUCGAUCUUGAGACGAAGGCGGACAUGGUUGCCAUCAUGCGGGAUGAAAACAAGAGGAGGACUCUAUUAGAGCAAUACAAGAAAGACAGAAACAAAUCUAACUGGCGGUUGAUGUCGCUGACUGAGCAAAAAGGAGUUCUUGAGUUUCUCAUCCAAAUUUGGCCGGACAAAAAGACCAACCCUUUUCUGCCACUUCAUCCGAUCGAAGGAAGCCUAGCUCGACUUCUAUCUGAGCGACAAAAACUGGAUUCGAUUGAUAAAAAAAUUGCAAUUUUGUGCUCAACCGCCGAAAAGUGUCAUAUGAAAGAUGAUGAUUUGAGAGAAAAGCUGAAUGAGAUUCUCGCUGGAGAAGAUGAAAAAUCAGAAGAUCUUCCUCAGAAUCCGAAGAAUACCCUUGCUCUAGUUGAAUUCAAGCGCAUAAAAGUCGCAUAUAUCGACAAUCUCUUCGCUCGAAUUCAAGAUUUGCUUCUUGAGCUCAGCGAAAAACUUCGAAAGUUCGAAGUGACAUGGAAGCGAUUUUAUCUUCUCCUUCGAGAAAAAUUUGCAAAAAUAGGCGAGGAAGAAUAUGUCGAGCACAUUUUACCGAAUCUUUCAGACUAUUUUGUUAUACGAAAAAGACGGCGAGUCAUUGCAAAUUCCUCUUCUACAAAUUUAUCGUUAAAAGAUCUAGGAAAACGAAAGCCCUGCGAAGAACUCCCCGAACUCAUCAGAGAACUCUCCGAAGAACUGGGAAUCAUCGUGACAGCAACCCAAGAAGCAGAAAUAAAAAUCGAAGAACUAAUUCAACAACGACCACUGAUGGAGAAAUAUUUAGAGCAAGAAAUUCCUGACUACUCGAGACGAAUUUAUGCUCUUUACAAAAUUGACCAGAACUUUUUGGAAAACGGAAAAUACGCGAACAUCGACGUUGCGCGUUUCGAAACGGACCAGGGAGUGACGACGGCUUUGGACACCUCGACGGGAGAGACUGUCAUCGUCAAGGCGAUUCUGCUUCAAAACGCUAGCCAUUGGAAAAGCACCCAACAAGAAGCGGCGACUCUUCGACAACUCGACCACGUGAAUGUUGUCCGAUUUGUCGAUUUCCUCGAUCGGCACACGCCAGAAUGGGCCUUUGGCUCCAUGUGCUUCAUCAUCAUGGAGCACUGCGCUGGUGGAAGCCUUGUCAAUUGGAUCGAGAAGAUGAAGGACGCCCAACGACGAACAACGCUGGACGAGGCGAGGAUCAUUGGCGCGCAGCUCAUCUCCGCUCUGAGCUACUGCCACGAGCGGAACAAGCUGCACAUCGAUUUAAAGCCAGCAAAUGUGUUCUUGCUCGGCGAUUUUAUUACAGAGUUAUUGACCUUGGAGCAUCCAUUUGGCCGAGUCAAUGGUCAGCCCGCACUGUUUGCUGAAAUUCAAACGAACAUUCAAAAAGGAAAUCGCACUUCUCUUUUCGAAGCCUUCGGCGAAACAGAUGAAUUCGAAGAAUUUGAGAUUCUUCUUGAAAAAUGCACUCGUUUGGAUCGAAAAAGACGGCCAAGAAACGCGAUCAAACUCCGGGAUGAGAAUCUCUUCGUUGAUUUCUUAGGGAGAAUCGAAAACGACGAGCGACCGAGCAGCAUCGUUCCUCCACCUUUUCCGAAUGAGAAUGACGAAGUUGAACGACUCAAGGAAGAGAUUCAGCGAAAAGAUAGAACGAUUCAAGAACUGCAGAAUCGACUUUAUACUUUCAACGAAAUCAUGGAAGAUCGACUGAAAGAAGAAGCGAAAGAAAAAGAUGCGAAGAUCGCGAAGCAAAAUCGAGAAAAUUUGCAAUUGAAAGAAGAAAAUGGAAAUCUCAAGCGAGAACUCGCCAAAUUGAAAAAAAUCAACAACGAGCUUGAAAAGAAUUUUGAAUAUUCGAGGCAAAUGAUCGACCAGCUAGAAUUGCGAAACGAGUCAGAGAAGAAAAAGCAACGAAAUGAGCUGGAAAAAGCGAAACGGGAAAUUGAAAAUCUUGAGUCGAUUUUGAAAGAAGAAAAAGAAAGAAAUCGAGGAGAAAUUGAAAAUCAGAAAAGGGAAAUUGAGAGAUUGGGGCGAGAAUUGAGAGAACAGCGGAAAAACCAUCAGCCAGUUUCGAAAAAGGAAGAAAAAAGGAAUAUCGAAAAACUCUUCGACAAGUUUCAUUAUUUCAAUAAUUGGGAGGUCGCGGAACAAGGAUGGCACUUGAAAUUCAAAAGUGCUGAUGAAUAUUGGGGAGAAGGAGAUGGCUGGUUCUAUUUAUCAAUCUGGAACAAAGAAGGCGGCGGAAGAUUCAAAGCUGUCGCGCAACAAAUUGAUGGUAAUGAUGGUGAAGAACGGAAUUGGCAAGAAAUCGAAAGCGAGGCGGAUGGACAGCGACAAACUAUCAAGUACAAAAUGGAAGCUGCUGAUUUUGAUUAUGUCAGAUUUAAUAUUAAUUUUCUGUAA